AUGAGACCACCACCUGAAGAGCACUUUCAUAGUAAAAAGAGCUCUGAAACUUCAGAUCGAAAAUCCUCUCGAACAGCUAGGUCCGGUACGGGUACCUAUCCUUCGCUGGGAAAUGGUGCUAAUAACCAUGUAUUAUCACUACAAGUCCAAAAUAAUGCAAGAGCUCCCUCGGUACCAAACCUCUUGAAUGUGGGUUCACAAGGGAGCUCACCUACGUCAGAAUCACAUCCACCUUCACCUUACUAUACGACAACGUCUGGAAAUAGGGCUGUUUCCAAGCCAGGCUUGGCUCUAACCGUAGAGUCGACAGCAGUGCAAGGUAUCUAUCGAGAUGAGCAUGGGAAUGAUACAACGCCUCCAUCGUCUGCCAAUAAAGUACAGUUUAAGACUCCAAGAUGGAGAAACAGCGAUUCGUAUCUGACUGAGUGUUCGCCGCUUUCCGGAAGCAGUGGGACAACUCCCACUUUACUGCGAAAGAACUCUAUAGAUUCGUUAAUGCGAGCAGCAGCCACUAUUGAAAGUAAUGCCGAUCUCAACAAAGCGUACCAGGAUAAAAUGACUUCGAUCAUCGAACUGAAAAAUAAGCUUUCUGAUGAGAUUAGAGAUUGGCCAAUUUCUCAGAGCUUGUAUGACACAAGAAACCUUCCUAGCCAUCAAGCCUCUUUGGAUAAGCAGGAGCAAAUCUUAAUGGAUCAGGUGUCAAUGGAAAAUUUGAUUUCUCUGAACCAGGUGGCUACUACUUUGAAAGAUACCAUAGGCGAGUUAAUCGAUUUGAAAAACCAUACCCGCUAUAUGGAAGAGUCAGUCGCUGCCAAAUUGCAGCAACAACUGCACAUAGAGUCUCCGGGAAGAAUAACUUUACCGCCCAUCGAGUCAUUAACCAUGAAUAUUCGCGAGGAACAACCUGCUUCCUCUGACUAUCGAUUUCCAGAGAGUAAUGUGGCAAGUCCUGUAACACCUACAGCUCCGGGUUCCUACUCAUACUUCCCAGGCUCUCAGCCUCAUCCGCAAUCAGGGUUUACACAUCAGCGCGGCAGUUCGUCAUGGCCCAUGGCCCCAGGAAAUCAAGGCCAUAGAGCUACAGUUUCAGAUCCUUCAGGAUAUCAAGACAGAGCCACAGAAGCUACUCAAUUCCCACAACCAUCUGCAAAAGCCACGAUGAACGGCAUUCCUAUAAUUUUUAAAACGCCUAAUUCUUUAUCAACAGCUAAAGGCAAGGUCAAAAGUAAAUCAACGAAGAAAAAGAAAAAGUCUUUAACUGAAGGUUCUUCACAAGAUUAUCGCCGCUCUUUAUCUCAUGGAUUGAUGCUUGCUGAAACGCUCAGAAAGAAUGAUCAAGCUACGACUUCAUGUGUGCAUUGUGGUGAAGGUAGCACACCCGAAUGGAGACGCGGUCCUUACGGCAAUAGGACUUUGUGCAAUGCUUGCGGUCUCUUUUAUCGUAAAUUGAUUAAAAAAUUUGGGGUGAAAGAUGCUAAUUUGCUGAUGAGAUUCAAGAAACAGAUUAAUCCCGAAGAUAGGCGGGUUCCAUCUUUGGUUAAUGUCCCAGCUGCAUUUCUUUCUCAAUUAAACGAAGAUAGCAGUCUGGAUUCCGAGUAUAAUACGAUUGGCUCGAGUCCAGGAGGUUCGGGAAUUUAA